UGGAUUACCUGGAGCAAUAUCUGAUUACAAUUAGCCACAGGUACAGAGCAACACUGUCCCACUACAAAAGAGCAUCAGGAUUAUUUACCUGGCUGAAAAAAUGAGAAGGGAUUACAAAGCAAUACAUCGAUUGACUUGGCCAUGGCUAGCAUUGUGGAUUAUUCAGUCUCACGUCCAUUCAGCAUCAGGUAUGAUAUUUUGGACCGCAUAUGUGGAAGUGAGCUACACGAGCAUGGAGACUAAUCAAACGAGCAUAAAUGCAUGUGAAUGUGGAGUUUAUGGAUCAGAAUCACCAUUGAAACAGGCCAAAGGAUUCGUGGUGCUCCCAAACUCAGAUUUACUGGCCUGCCAAACAAAUACUACAUUCACCAUUAAGGAGAAGCCAUGGAUAGCUCUCAUCAAAAGAGGCAACUGUACCUAUACGGAAAAAAUUCAAGUUGCAAAGGAAGCAGGAGCAUCAGCUGUCGUUAUUUAUAAUCUUGAUGGGACUGGAAAUGGGACUAACACCAUGUCUUAUGCAGAGGCCUAUUUCUCUUAUCCACUCGUCAAUGGAAAUGACAAGAGAACACCAAAUUCAGAAGCCGGGAACAUAGUAGCAAUCAUGAUUGGAAAUGGCAUAGGCAGAAACAUUAAGGACCUCAUUGAGAGUGGAAUUGAGGUCUUUAUGAGGAUAGAAGUGGCAAGCCAACAUGGACCUUGGAACCCUUUUUGGAUUUACAUUAUGUCUUUCAUCUUUUUUGGUAUAACAGCCAUCAUUCUGGGCUACUUUAUCUUUGUAGUCAUUAGCCGAUUCUACCAGAACCGACAGCUUCAGAUUCAACAGAGAAAGCUUAAAAAAGUGGCAGAGAAUGCUGUUGCCAAAUUAGAAGUUCGGACUCUUCGGCGAACUGAUCCGGAAGUUGAAGCAGAAGAAAGCAGUUGUGUUGUUUGCUUAGAUUCCUUUAUGAGGUGUGAUGUCGUGACAACUCUGCCUUGCAGCCAUCUUUUUCACAAAACAUGCAUUGAGCCAUGGCUACUGGAACACCACACAUGUCCAAUGUGUAAAUAUGACAUUUUGAUAAAAGAGGAAUCCCCCGUACCACCAACAGAUGGCAGAUCAUACCCAAGCUCUGUGUCAGGUUUACUAGUCAACUCACCAAGAGCGCUCACAUACCCAGAGCAACAAGGUGAAGGCAGACUAAGCUUACCCACCCAGACUGUUGAAACUGCCGCAGAGCGAAACAGCAGCAGAACAGAUAACAGUUAUAUGAACCCAGCAUUUGAAGAAGAACAGCAGUACUCUGACCAUCGGAAUCCUGUUUGUCUGUCACAUCAAGUUUAAAAAUUUGAAAUUUCUUUAAUUGAAAUGAUCUAUCCUAAAAGAUUCUAGGAAUCGUAUGAUAAGAAAAAUAGAGUUGAUCUCUUUGAACAAGUACUAAUUGUAAUCACCCAUAGCAUACUGGUUUGCAUGUAUCUGAUAUAUACGAAUUAUAUGAAUUGUGGAAAAUAAAAAGACUUAGAUCUUUAUAUAAGGGUUUUGUAAGACCUUAAUUAAGAAACAAAUGCACUUUAGAGGUUUAAGAGUAUGUGUUUAUAGAUUUGGUGUACAAAUUUAUUUUAAAGAUCAUAAGAUCUGCAAGUGAUUUGCAUUUGUUUAAUAAUUGUGCGAUUAAAUAAUUGUCAGAGUUCCCCCAUAUACUAGAGGAUAAUCAUUAUCCCGACAAAAGAACAAAUAAAUACAUUUUAAUCAUGUCAGAUUCUGUUUAUUUAAAGACCAAUGCAUUUCUUUUAUGUAUGAGUGUAAGACAAAUAUGGUAAAACAUCUGUGGUGGA